AUGACUGAUGAAUUUAAUCGAUACUAUAUCAAAAUUCGAGUUAUUUUGGGAAUAAAUCCAAAAACAAUCUUCGACGAACUUACAGAAGCAUUGGGACCUGAUGGUCCAUCAUACUCAAUGGUUAAAAAUUGGGCAAAACGUUUUCGUGAAGGAAGAGAAGAUGUCAGUGAUGAUCCUCGAUCUGGUCGUCCGAUUUCAAUUCUUACAGUUGAAAAUAUUGAAUGUGUUCGACAAGUUAUCGAAGAUGAUCCCCACUCAACUUACGAAGAUAUUAUUGUUAAGACUGAUCUAUCGCGUGGUACAAUAGAACGAAUUAUCCAUGAUCAUCUAAAGAUGAGAAAAGUUGUGUCACGUUGGGUUGCUCACCAACUUACUGACGAACAAAAACAAAAAAGACUUCGAAUUUGUCGUCAAAAUUUAGAGAAAUUUAGGAACGGAACAUGGCAAUUAUGUGAUAUCAUCACCGGUGAUGAGACGUGGAUUUAUCACAGACAGAUUGGUCGAAAGUCAAGCAAUUCUACCUGGGUUGGUGAAAAUGAACCACCAAGGAC